AUGGGGCGGGUGGGACAUGCCAGUCACCCGCGGGCUGAGAGGCCGCAGGCCCCGGGCGGGAUAGGACUGGGGCGGGGCCACGUGCCCGGCGGCCGGCAGGGCCUGGCUUCUCGGCGGGGGGCGGGACCAAGCUCUCCGGGGGGGCGGGGCCUGGCCUUCCCGGGGGGGCGGACCCGGGAUCUCCGCGGGGGGCGGGGCGCGCCGGGAAAAGUUCCGGGAAGGUGGGCCUCCCGCCCAGGCACGGCGCGGAAGUUGCCGGUGGCCUGUGCCCUGCUGGCCAGGCCCGCAGCCAUGUCGUCUGGGAACGCGGGGUCCGGCGGGCGGGAGGGCGCCCCGCGCGCUGCUGCUGCGCUCUGCGGCCUGUACCACGAGGCGGGGCAGCGGCUGAGGCGCCUGCAGGACCAGCUGGCCGCCCGGGACGUCCUCAUAGCGCGCCUCCGCGCCCGUCUGGCCGCGCUCGAGGGGGACACAGCGCCGUCGCUCGUGGACGCGCUGCUGGAGCAGGUGGCGCGCUUCCGGGAGCAGCUGCGGCAGCGGGACGGCGGCGCCGCGGAGGCCGCGCUGCGCCAGGAAAUCGAGAGACUUUCUGAGCAACUAGAAGAAAAAGAGAGGGAGACGCAGCAGCUGUUGAGCCAGCCGGAGCGGGAGCAGAAGGAAGUGGCCCUGCUGAGGAGAAGCGCGGCCCAGAAGGGGCGGGCCCCGGCCGCCAGCGACAUUCUGUGCCGCUCCUUGGCCGACGAGACCCAUCAGCUGCGGAGGACUCUGGCCGCCACCGCCCACAUGUGCCAGCAUCUGGUCAAGUGUCUGGAUGAAUGCCAGUGCGCACAGGGGGACGCGGGGGAGAGGAGCCCUGAGCCAGCGUGUGCAGAUGGGGACGGCUCUGUCCACGCGGUUGUUGAGAAGUUACGGGAGGAGAAUCGACUGCUGAAGCAGAAGGUGACUCACGUGGAAGACCUCAAUGCCAAGUGGCAGCGCUACGACGCCAGCAGGGACGAGUAUGUGAGGGGGCUCCACGCACAGCUGAGGGGGCUGCAGGCCCCCCUCGAGCCUGAGAGGCCCUCCCCGCCCGAGCUGAUGAGGAAGGAGAUCUCCCGGCUCAACACACAGUUGGAGGAGAAAAUCAACGACUGUGCAGAAGCGAGGCGGGAGCUGGCGGCCGUGAGGAGGGCCCGGGACGCCGCGCUGGAGCGGGUGCAGAUGCUGGAGCAGCAGAUCCUCGCGUACAAGGACGACUUCACGUCGGAGAGGGUCGACCGGGAGCGGGCUCAGAGUCGGAUCCAGGAGUUGGAGGAACGGGUGGCCUUGCUGCAGCGCCAGGUACCCUGCAAACAGGAUCCUCGAGAGCCAGGCUCUUGCCGGAUUCACACUGGGGGCAAAACUCCCGGGUACUUAGAGACUGACACUUCGGAGCUUGUGGCACCCGGUGGCUGGAGGCCUGGGACGGGAUCCCAGCGGCCAGAACUCCCCGCAGAGGGCGGGAGCCCCGGAGCAGCCCAGAGAGGCCAGGGGGACCUUCAGUGUCCUCACUGCCUGCAGUGCUUCGGCGACGAGCAGGGGGAGGAGCUCUUGCGGCAUGUGGCUGAGUGCUGUCAGUGAGCCCUGCUGGGCCGCCGGCCCGGGGCGCGGGUGGGGGCUCCCAGCACGCAGCAUCGAGAUGCGGGGCCCCCAGAACAGGCUGGGGGUGCUUCUGAGCCUUCCCCUUGGUCCCGCUUGGGUCAGGGGCACUUCCAGUAGGGCUGGAGGGAGAGGUGGGGUUGGGAGCAUUCGUGCCCAGGAGGGCUCAGCCUCGCCUCUGGUGUGGAGUCUGAUGUCCGAAGCUGUCAGGCCGAGGCCGUGCGAGAUAUGGUGUGGGGUUCUCCCGGACCCGCAGGACAGCCCUGCCCCAGCCGCACCUGGGGACGCUGCAGCUCACUGGGACGAGGUGGCUGCCCAUGGGAAGUGUGCCCACGCCCACCAGGAGGCGUGCACAGCUGAGCACUGUGCCUGUGCUGAAAUAAGGCUGCACUGCAAGAGUGGUUGCUGCAUAUCCGGAACUUAAACGUGUUUAUGUCACAUUACUUAUUUUUGUAAUAAAUGCACUUGCUACAGCGACUCCUGAGAGUGUGCGCUGGGGGCUGGGGUGCAGGGACCCGGCAGCAUUUCCAUCUGGGCCCGAGUUACACCAGCCGGGGAGGAGAAACACACUUUCUUACUGUUUGUUUGUUUGUUAGGGCAUCCCGAGGGGGGGUCAGCGGGAGUCCAGCCUGCCCAGCACUCUGCCAUCGGCCUGUUUCAGCUCCAGCCAGGAUGUGAAGGGCUGGGGGUGAGGUGGGAGGAACCAGGCGCCUGGUGAAGGCAAGUGAGAGGCUUGCAGGGCAAGGACUGCGUGCAUAGUCCUGGCGGGGUCAGGGCUGUGUGACUCAAGUUAACCCUCAGAACAGUCGCAGGAGGUAAGUACUUCUAUUAGUCACCCUCAACACAGGUGUGGAAGACGAGGCACAGAGGGGUAAGGUCACUUGCCCAAGGUCACAGUAGCAGGGGACAAAGCUAGGAUGUAAACCCAGGCCAUCUGGCUCCUGAGCCCACAUUCUACUUCCCAACACGUGGAGGAGCUGCCGGCAUGGUGAAGGGCCAGCAUUGGGCACAUGUGCUGUCCUUCCUGCCUGGAACACUCGUUCACCCUCUCCACUGGCUAAGUCAGUCCUCCUCCAGUUGUAGUUCAGGCAUCAACUCCUCUGUAGGAUCCCGCACCCCACUUUACAGGGGCCUGACUGGAAGGGAUCAGUCUGUGCGGCGUGGGUGCUAGAACGUCACAGGAAGCCUCCGUCUCACUGUCCUGAGGAGUUGGAGGAGUUUGGAAAUAGAUGGGGACCUCCCGGAGAGAAGGGAGCUGCAGAAGGGGGAGCCCUCAAAUCCUUGGCUGACCCCUGAACUGUGCGAGCUUAGCGUUAAGACCCCAAGAAUCCUGGGGCAGGAACAGCGGCUGGAAGGCAGGAUGUGCUGAGCAGAGCUCCCAGUGGCUGUCCACCGUAGGGUGGCAGUUCCGAAAUUGAGUCCCUUGGGGUUAGAGGGGCUGGAAAACCUUGGUUUUUCCUUUGAAACCCUCGAAGGGCCACAUUUUAGGAGUAAAGUUGACAUCUUGGGGCCAAAACAAAACAGCGCUGCUCUUCCAGGCAGCCAACCAGUAAUUCACUGGCCUGUUGGAACAAAAUCCGGCUUUUCUUCAGAGCCAGGACCUUGUACUAUAUUAACUACAGUCCAAUAUACAGUAAAAAAUCCUAGACAUAUGGAAAAGCAUAAUGAAGAUAUAUUCACACAAAUACGAGCUAACAAAAAUUUAUAUCCAGCAGAUUGUAUGACAAGAAAAAAGUAUACUAUGGAAAUUACUCAGGCUAGAGGGAAAUGAUUCUGGAUAAAAACAAGCAUAGAAAGGAAUGAAGAGUAUGGGAAUGGGGACUUCCCUUUUGGCAUAGUGGUUAAGACUCCGUGCUUCCAAUGUAGGGGGCCCGGGUUUGAUCCCUGGUCAGGGAACUAGAUCCCACAUGCAUGCUGAAACUAAGAGUUCGCAUGCCACAACUAAGGAGCCCACGUGCCACAACUAAGGAGCUGGCAAGCUGCAACUAAGGAGCCCGCAACUAAGACCUGGCGCAACCAAAAAAAAAAGCGUGGGAAUGGGUAGAUAUGAACGAAUAUUGACUGUUUAAAACAAUAAUGUCGGGAAUUCCCUGGUGGCGCAGUGGUUAAGAAUCCUGCCAAUGCAGGGGACAUGGGUUCAAGCCCUGGUCCAGGAAGAUCCCACAUGCUGCGGAACAACUAAGCCCGUGCACCACAACUACUGAGCCUGCACUCUAGAGCCCGUGAGCCACAAUUACUGAGCCUGCAUCCCACAACUACUGAAGCCCACGCGCCUAGAGCCCAUGCUCCACAACGAGAGAAGACACUGCAAUGAGAAGCCUGUGCACCGCAACCAAGAGUGGCCCCCGCUCGCCUCAACUAGAGAAAGCCCGCGCCCAUCAACAAAGACCUAACACAGCAAAACAAAAAACAAAAAAACCCAAUAAUGUCUUGAGGGUUUUAAAACAUGCAAACGUGACCACAAGAACUUUCUAGGUGAGGGACGGGAGUGUUUAAUGAACUUAUAUAAGUGUAGGGUUUUUGCGUUGACUUGUGGUGGACUAAUGAACCAAGGAAACAUAAUCUCUAGGGUAACCACUAAAGUAGUAAUGAAAAUAUCUAAUUAGAAAGUUAGGGCUUCCCUGGUGGCACAGUGGUUGAGAGUCCGCCUGCCAAUGCAGGGGACACGGGUUCGUGCCCCGGUCCGGGAAGAUCCCACAUGCCGCGGAGCGGCUGGGCCCGUGAGCCAUGGCCUCUGAGCCUGCGUGUCCGGAGCCUGUGCAGUGAGAGGCCCGCGUACUGCAAAAAAAAAAAAAAAAAAGUUAAUAGAACAGAAAAAUAAUGUUUUUAUUAAUCCAAAGCAAGACAAGUUAGGAGAACCAAAGGGAUAAAGGAGAGAUGAGACAAAGAAAGCAGCUGGAAGAUGGUAGACUUAACCAACUGUAUCAGUAAUUACAUUAAAAA